GAUUGCCCUCACAUUUCCUCACCAGCCUUCCUCUCAGCUGCCAUGGCCAGCCUCCAGGCCCUGUGCUCCGGCCUGCCCCUGCAACCUCUGCCAGAGAAUAGGGGUCGCUGGGCUGGGGUGCCCCAUGCCCCUGUCAGGACCCCUGGCCUCAGCCCUGUUGAGGAAAAGUUGGCACUGAGGAAUGCCCUGCGCUACUUCCCCCCGAGUGUCCAGAAGCAGCUGGCCCCCGAGUUUGCUCAGGAGCUGCGACAGUACGGACAUAUCUACAUGUACCGUUUCUCCCCCACCAUUGAAAUGAGGGCCUACCCAAUUCAUCAGUACCCCUGCCGGACGAAGGCUGCUGCGGCCAUCAUGCACAUGAUCAUGAACAACCUAGACCCAGCUGUGGCACAGUUUCCCCAGGAGCUCGUGACCUAUGGAGGAAAUGGACAGGUGUUUAGCAACUGGGCUCAGUUCUGGCUGACCAUGGCCUACCUGUCACAGAUGACUGAGGAGCAGACGCUGGUCAUGUACAGUGGACACCCACUGGGCCUAUUCCCCAGCAACCCUACUUCUCCCCGCCUGGUCAUCACCAAUGGGAUGGUCAUUCCCAACUAUUCCUCCAGGGCUGAGUAUGAGAAACUGUUUGCCUUGGGGGUCACAAUGUACGGCCAGAUGACAGCGGGCAGCUACUGCUACAUUGGACCCCAAGGGAUCGUCCACGGCACUGUGCUUACUGUGCUGAAUGCCGGGCGUCGCUACCUGGGCGCCCAGGACCUGGCGGGGAAGGUCUUUGUCACUUCUGGACUGGGUGGAAUGAGUGGAGCUCAGGCCAAAGCUGCAGUGAUCGUGGGGUGCAUCGGUGUGAUCGCAGAGGUGGAUAAAGCUGCCCUCCUAAAACGACACCAGCAGGGCUGGCUGAUGGAAGUGACUGACAGCCUGGACCGUUGCAUUGAGAGACUCAGGGUUGCCAGGAAGAAAAAGGAGGUGCUCAGCCUUGGGUAUCAUGGCAAUGUGGUGGAUCUUUGGGAGCGCCUGGUCCAGGAACUGGAGACCACAGGGGAGCUUCUAGUGGACCUGGGAUCAGACCAGACGUCCUGCCACAACCCGUUCAAUGGUGGCUACUACCCUGUGCAGCUAGGCUUCUCUGAGGCUCAGAGCCUCAUGGCCUCUGACCCUGUGGCGUUCAAGGGCCUGGUACAGGAAAGCCUGAGGAGGCAGGUGGCCGCCAUCAACAGACUGGCCCAGGAGAACUUCUUCUUCUGGGACUAUGGCAAUGCAUUCCUCUUGGAGGCCCAGAGAGCAGGCGCUGAUGUGGAAAAGAAAGGAGCCAAUAAGACAGAGUUUCGCUACCCCUCAUACGUCCAGCACAUCAUGGGGGACAUUUUCUCCUUGGGCUUUGGGCCUUUCCGUUGGGUGUGCACAUCAGGGGACCCACAGGACCUGGCGCUCACGGACCAGCUGGCUACAUCUGUACUGGAGGAGAUCAUUGCUGGUGGAGUGAACCCAGCAGUGAAGUUGCAAUACAUGGACAACAUCCGCUGGAUCAGGGAGGCGGCCAAGCACCAGAUGGUGGUGGGUUCCCAGGCACGGAUCCUGUAUUCUGACCAGAAGGGCCGCGUGGCUAUUGCUGUGGCCUUCAACCAAGCCAUCACCCGUGGGAAGAUCAAGGCUCCAGUGGUCCUGAGCCGAGACCAUCAUGACGUAAGUGGCACGGACAGCCCCUUCAGGGAGACUUCCAACAUCUACGAUGGCUCAGCCUUCUGUGCAGACAUGGCUGUGCAGAACUUCGUGGGAGAUGCCUUUCGCGGUGCCACCUGGGUGUCUCUUCACAAUGGUGGAGGUGUCGGCUGGGGCGAGGUGAUCAAUGGGGGAUUUGGCCUUGUGCUGGACGGGACCCAGGAGGCUGAGCAGAGGGCCAGGAUGAUGCUUGGCUGGGAUGUCUCCAAUGGAGUGGCCCGGCGCUGUUGGUCGGGGAACCAGAAGGCUUAUGAGAUUAUCCAGCAGACGAUGCAGGAGAACAAGGGCCUGGUGGUGACCCUCCCGCAGGAGGUGGCUGAUGAGCGCAUCCUUCAGCAGGCAUUGCAGCAUUGAGCUAGAUUGGCAGCUAGCCAUGGACCCCCAGUUUCCAGCCUGACCCUCACUGUCCCUUCUGUCCACCUGACCUCCAGGGUCA